AUGCUGACACUUCGGUUCCGAGACCUGGUCCAUCUACUGCUCGGCCUUGGGCUGCUGUUCAUCGUUUUACCGUCCGUGAUCGCGGAUGAACAAGUCUCCGAGGCCACCGUCGACCCGUACGUGGGCAAGACCGUCGUCGAGAUCAUUGAGGCGCGCGGCUACGAAGUCGAGACGCACAAGGUGACCACCUCGGACGGCUACCUCCUCACCAUGUACCGGAUCCCCAAGACGUACGCCGAGAGUCAAUCGGGCUCCGACGCGGCUGCCAACAAGCCUGCGGUUCAUCUGCAGCACGGACUGCUGGACAGCAGCUUCACCUUCGUCUCCAACUUCCGCAACCAGAGUCUCGCGUACGUGUUAGCCGACGCCGGCUUCGACGUGUGGCUCGGCAACAACCGCGGCACGACGUGGUCGAAUGAGCACACGAUGCUGACGACGGACGAUGAUGCGUACUGGGAGUUUUCGUGGCAGGAAAUGGGUCUCUACGACCUGCCGGCGAUGAUCAACUACGUCUUGGACACCACGGGUCGCUCCACCUUGAGCUACAUUGGCCACUCGGAGGGUACAACACAAGCGUUCGUGGGGUUCUCGGAGAAUCAAGAGGUGGCAAAAGUUGUCGACUACUUCGGAGCGCUCGCUCCACUCAAGGUGGACGAGGUCUUCCUCAACCUGGGCUUCACAAGCUUCUUGCCUCAUACGGAGCUGCUCGAGACGUUGCUGGCCGACGUUGUAUGCACCAACCUCGACGAGCUCUGUAACUCCGCCAUCGGUCUUAUCGCCGGUCCGUCGGACAACUUGAACGCCACGCGCAUUCCUGUCUACCUCUCGCAGACCCCCGCGGGCACGUCGGUCCAGAACAUGGCUCACUACGCGCAAGGAAUCCGGGACGACACCUUCGCCAAGUAUGACUACGGCUGCAGCUGUGUGCGUCUCCUGGGGAUCAACCUUUGCUCGUCGCUCAUCUGCAAGAACAAGGCCGUGUACGGCAGCUUCGACCCGCCCGCGUUCCCUAUCGGAGACAUGGUCUACCCUCGCACAGGGUUCUACAUCGGCGCGACCGACACGUUUGCCACGUCCACGGACAUUGAGCAGCUCCGCUCAGGGCUUCCCAGCGCCACUAUCGUGUACGAGCAAACCAUCGACGCGUUCUCGCACCUGGACUUCACCUGGGCCCAGAACGCCAACGAACUCGUGUAUCAAGACCUGUUGGUGAAGCUGAAGAAGUACGCUGGCGUCGGAUAUUGA